AUGGGUGGGUUGAAGAGGAAGAUUGAUACAGGGAAGAAGAUAGAGAAUAAAGAUCCACGAGCGGUUACUUUCUCAAAACGUCGUAAGGGUCUUUUCAGCAAAGCCUCAGAGCUUUGUCUUCUCUCCGACGCACAGAUCGCGAUUUUAGCGACUCCGGUUUCUUCUAAUUCACACGCCUCUUUCUACUCUUUUGGCCACUCCUCUGUCGACAAUGUUGUUUCUGCUUUCCUCGCGGGUCAGACUCCUUCUCGGGAUGACGAUGAUGAUGAAAAGUUAGGGUUUUGGUGGGAAGAUGAGAGUCUCGCCAAUUCACAGAAUCCGGAGGAAUUGGGUUGCGCGAUUGAUUCGAUGAGGAAGAUGUUACACGAUCUGAAGGAGUUGCAAAAUAAGCAAAGGGUUCGUGUUGACGUGGAGGAGAAGGAGAAGGCUGGACCUUCACACGUAACUCAUCAACCGAACGAUCUGGAGGAGUUGGAAAAUAAUAAGCAAAGAGAUCUUGUGGAAGUGGAGAAGGAGAACAACAACAACAAUGCUUUAAGUGGAAACGUUGGUGGAGGGCUGGAAGACUUUGAUCAAUUAAUUGAUUAUGCGAUUAAUUCUGAUGUCUUCAAUGACUUACCCUCCAUUGAUUCUGAUUUCUCCAUUGACGUGGAUGAGAAGGAGAAGGGUGGUUCACACGUAACUCAUCUAAAGAACGAUCUGAAGGUGUUGGAAGGUAAGGAAAGAGAUCUUGUGGAAGUGGACAAGGAGAACAACAACAAUGCUUUACGUGAAAAUGUGGGUGGAUGCAACCAAGAGCUGGAGGACUUUGAUCAAUUCAUUGAUUAUUCGAUUAAUUCUGAUUUCUUCAAUGAGUUUAUUACCUCCAUUGAUUCUGAUUUCUUCACUGACUUACCCUCCAUUGAUUCUGUUUUCUUCAGUGAGUUAACAAGUUAA